GGAUGGACCAUCGUCGAAGUCGGGUCUCGACGGUUCAUCGUUGCAGUUGCCCUCUAGAAGCUAGCGUUGGCUUGCGUUGGCUGUCACUUGGACUAGUGGCCGAAGGGUGUGGCUCGCAGGUCUGGCGCUCUCGCAGUUUCGGAGCCCUGGCGCGAGUUUGGGGUGGCUCUGGUGGCUCUGCCACUGUGCCCCCCCGUCUCAGACGGUCUUCGUCUGGGGCAUGUCUCACACCCUUGAGCCCCAGCAAGCCCAGCCCAGGGUUCUUCCUCGCCAGCGCCGUGGAAUGAUUGGAAUGCUUCUAACCUCUCUCGACGCCCUCCCGGACCCUUCUGCAGCGGCUCCACGACACCUUGCUUCACACGGCCUCCAUCUCCGAUCGACCUUUUCACGAUCCCUAGCCCGACCCGACAAUGUUGGACAUGGAUGAGGUGAGCCAUACUGCGUACCUUAGGCGAGCAUGCAGCAUGGCGGGGAGCGGGCCCCUGGCGUUUCUUGGCCGCCCUGAACCGCACUGAUCGAGUCUGCAGCGUUCCUGACAGAAACCCUGGUCUCCCUUGCUCCAUCGAGAGUCGAUUCAGUCAAAUCAGAAGACUUGUCGCCUUCGACAAGACGUCCAUCGUACCAGUUCCAGGCCCCCGUCCAGCUUCUUUUUGCCCUGUCUGGCUGCUCGUCCACCAUGAAGCGGCGAAGCCCACCCCGGCUAGCCAUGGCCAAGCAUUGGCAAGCAUUUUGGCACCCGGUGCGCCGAAGAGCCAAUCUGAUGGUGCAUGGCUGGGCAUUGACAUGGGCCAAUUCGUGAUUCUCGACCGUGGUCCCCUUUUCGAUUAAUCUUUGCGGCUCCCGCAACUCAAGACUCGACUGUUUUUGUGGUUUGAUGGAGCUUCGUCCCAUCUUUCCUUUACUUCUCGCUCUCCUUACCCAAACUCUCUGCGUGUGUGCGUGCCUGUUCCUGGCGGGAAAGACACGGAAAAUACGGCAUUCAGUCUCUGACCAAGAUUCACACCUCUCACAUUCUCUUGUCCUCACACCCCCCCUCAGACCCAUUUCUGGUCACAUCUCUCGUCUUUUCUUAGUACCCGCACACCCUCUUGAUCACUCUCACUACUCGGGGGUCUUGGCCGUCUUAUCUCAUUGAACUCUGGACAUGUUCUGCAGGUCGCUGUCUGUCUGCCCGUAACUCUUUCCUUUCGUAAUCGCGAAGGUUUACGGAACACUCCACAAACCAAUACACUCUUUUCGAUCCUAGGGUUGAUCCCAACGAACUCACCGACGGCUGGCCUGUUGAACUCGCUCUUUGAAAAAGCAAAUAGUGAAAAGGAAGGAUACGAAUAGUGGAAAAUAUCGAAAUCGAGAAACGCUGGCGACACUCGAAGGUCUCCAGCUUUCGCCCCCGAGCCCACGAUGAGGCAUAGUCUACUCUUCGCCGUGGCAACUCUAACAACAAUCGCUCAGGUGCGUUCACUCAACAUACCGCGGGACAACUUCGUCGAGAUUGGUGAUGAAUUUGGGUUGACGACAAAGCAGGGCGCGGCUGUCGACAAGAGACAAAACAUCAACAUCGAUGGAAGCGGAAACGUCAACGUAGAGGGCGCCAACGCGGGCGCGGUUGAAGUGAAGACGGUGAACCUUGGAAAUGCUGGAUCUCUGAACAAGGGAGCGAAUGGAGGAGGAUCGGGACAGGGCAACCUCAUCGCCGGCAUCUUGGACGCUCUCAACGGCGGCAGCAGAAACAACCAGGGCAACCGCAACAAGCCGAACAACGCUUGCCCUCCAGCUCCUCCAGCUCCGCCGCCGGUCACUGUCACGAAGACGAUCUACCAGAAUGCCUCAGUACCUGCGCCGUUGACGGUCUUCGUUACGCAGGCUCCUCCGCCUCCGCAGAUCAUCACGCAGUUGGUCACGCAAACGCCGCCCGCUGCUGCUCCGCCUCCGCCUCCGGCUGCUCCCCCGGCUGCUCCCCCGGCUGCUCCUCCUGCGGCCCAGCCUGCUGCACCGGCUCCUGCAGCUCCCGCAGCCCCGGCGGCACCGCCAGCCGCUCCUGCGGCAUCGAAAGCGCCUCUGGUCAUUCCGGGACCUCCACCGACAGAUCCAUUCGCUGGCUUGAAAUCGAACCCGCCCCCUGCGGCGGCUCCUGCGGCCACCCCGCCUCCCGCAGCAGCUCAACCUGCUCCGGCUCCCGCUGCCCCUCAACCCCCGGCUGCCCCCCUCGUGGGCAACGCGCCCGCUGUCAGCAAACCGUCCGCCUCCGUCAACCUUGGCGGCCUCAACGGCAACGGCGCUGCCAACCAGCCCGCUGCAGCAACGCCCGUCGCACCGAUCGCCGCGAACCCCGCUCAACCCCAGGUCGCCGUUAGCGGCCUUGCAUUGACAAGAUCUCUCCAGCUCGGCAAUCUCUUGCAAGCGACUGCGCAGCUCCAGGCUCGUGCGACGCCCCCAGCUUAAAGGAUCGACUACUUGUUAAACUCUCUGGUCGACAUGCAAGUGCUGAGGGAGGGUUUUAAUCGGACUGUGAGGUGGUACCCAGGGGAGGGAGGUUGGGUUGCAUAUACUGCGUAUGCAUAAGACGUACCUAGGCGACGUCGUUGACGACUUGAAAGUGGUUCAGCAACGGCAUACGAAAUACCCUAGAUUUUUCGAUUCUUGGAAAAAGGGGGAAGUUGGUUGGAAAGGAAGGGGUUUUUAAUGGUGAAAUAGGGGAAGGAGAGGUCUCGGUUUGGCAUGGUGGUAUAUACGAGAGAGCGAGGAACGUGGAAAAAGGAGGCAGCGUCAGACAAAAUCCACCCUUCACCCUCCUUACGACCACACGUCUCGACCGACUGCGCGCGUGCGAUGAGGUUGGUUUUCUGGAAAGCUUCAACAUGGUGUGGCGUGUGUAAUGGGAAGAUGGAGAGGGAUUUGGAGAAGUUGAGCCAACAUACACACAUAUCCCCCCCGCGGUUGUACAUAAUUCAUUUCUUGAAGGCAUCGAAAAACAAAAAGGCAACACCCAAAC